AUGGCGUCGUCGUCGUCAGUCCUGCGUCUGUACCGCGAGAUGCUGCGCAAUGCAGCCAAGUUCGAGACCUACAACUUCCGCGCAUACGCCACACGCCGCAUCAAGGAGGAUUUUCACAAGAACAAAACACUGAAAUCUGGCAGCCCCGAACUGGAGAAGACGCUACAGCUUGUGCGUGAGCAAGUCGACGUGUUGGGCCGCCAGGGAAUCGUUUCGAAGCUGUAUCCACCUCAUGUGAAGAGUGUUAUGGAGACACUGAGCAACUAA